AUGGCAGGCACAGUGAACAAGCCGGGCACUGACGACACAGAGCCCAACUCGAAGCGCAAGCCCACUCGCCUUCGCAACAAGAUCCAGAAAGCCUCGCUGGCCAAACAACGUAAGGAACGCAAGCAGGCCAAGAAGAAUCCCGAAUGGCGCUCCAAGCUCAAGAAGGACCCGGGCAUCCCCAACCUUUUCCCCUACAAGGAGAAGCUGCUCGAGGAAAUCGAGGAGCGCAAGCUGAAGAAGGCGGCCGAGGCACAGAGGCGCAAGGAGAUGGUCAAGGCGGCCAAGACAGGCGUGGCCAAGGAGGGCGAUGAGGAAAUCCUGGAAGACGUGGUCGAGGGCGACGACGUCGAGGCUGAAGAGGACGAGGACAUGGACAUGGAGGUGGACGAGAGCAACCCCAUGGCGGCGCUGAUUGCGAGCGCGCGACGAGCGGCCGAGGACUAUGACCGCAAGCUGGCCGACGAUGAUGUGAUGGAGGACGAGUCGAGCGACGAGGAGGAGAAUGAAGACAACCGCGUGACGGCCGGUCAGGCGUCCUCGCGCAAGACGUACGACAAGGUCUUCAAAUCAGUCGUCGAGCAGGCCGACGUCGUCCUGUAUGUGCUCGACGCGCGCGACCCCGAGGGCACACGGUCUAGGGACGUCGAGAGGAGCGUCAUGGCUGCUGCGUCAGGCGGUAAACGUCUGAUCCUCGUCAUCAACAAGGUCGACCUCGUGCCGCCCAAGGUCCUGCGGGACUGGCUGGUCUACCUACGACGGUAUUUCCCGACCCUGCCCCUCUGCGCGUCCAACGCCGCGCCCAACGCGCACACCUUCAACCAUCGCGACCUGACCAUCUCGAGCACGUCGACGGCACUGUUCAAGGCACUCAAGAGCUUCGCGGCUAGUAGGCAGCUCAAGCGCGCCGUGUCGGUCGGUGUCAUUGGCUACCCCAACGUGGGCAAGUCGUCUGUCAUCAACGCCCUGCUGAGCAGGAUGGGUGGCAAGGGCGCCUCGGCGGCCAGGGCGUGCCCCGCGGGUGCCGAGGCGGGUGUGACGACGAGCAUUCGCCAGGUCAAGAUUGACAGCAAGCUCACUCUCCUCGACUCCCCCGGUGUCGUGUUCCCCUCGUCGACGGGCAGUCUGGUGUCGGUGAAGAACGCCACCGAGGCGCACGCCAACCUGGUGCUCCUCAACGCCGUACCCCCCAAGCAGAUUGACGACCCCAUCCCGGCUGUGAAUCUGCUCCUCAAGAGGUUGUCUGCCACGCCGGACCUCGUGCAGAAGCUGUUGAAUGUCUACGACAUUGCGGCCCUCAUGCCGAACCAGGCGGAUGGUGACGUGACAACAGACUUCCUAGUGCAAGUCGCGCGGAAACGAGGCAGGCUCGGGCGCGGCGGUGUACCAAACCUCGGCGCCGCAGCCAUGGCUGUCGUGACGGACUGGAGAGACGGCCGCAUCCAGGGCUGGGUCGAGCCCCCUGUACUGCCGGUCGAGUCGUCUGCCGAGGCGGCGGCCAAGCCGGUUGACAAGGUUGACUCAGGGGAAGAGGUCUCCAUGGCGGACCAGAAGCUGAUUGUCACGGAGUGGGCGGCUGAGUUCAAGCUCGACGGGCUGUGGGGUGACGACGCCUUCAAGGCAGACGGUGCAAUGGAGCAAUAG